CCGCGCUGGGCUUCGCUGGGGCGCACCUUCUCGCCGGGAGGGCGGGUUGCCUCUGCACCCACGUCCUUCCGCUCCUCCUGGGCGGGUCAGCGUUCGGUCAUCACCCCGUCAUGGACACACCACCUCAGGUCCCAUGUUUUCUGUAAAGCAACCUGGGGUGCGGGUCUGUGAAGCUCCUGUCCCAGGCCCAGCCAGAGUGGGCUGGCGUCCUGGUGUUUGAGUUGGCAGAGCCUCUGCGAGAAAUUGGCAGGAGCACAGAGUUUACCGUUUUCGGCUGCUUCUCACUGCUUCCUUCAUUCUCCCAAAAGUCCCGACUCUUGACUCUAAUUUGUGGGCCCCCCAAUCUCUAGGACCAGCAAUCACCUCUCUCGUCAAGCCCGGGGAGGUUAGGACUGCAUUAAAGCAGCUGUCAACGUAUGGAAUUGGAAGAGGUUACGAACCUUGCACAUAUUAGGCCUCUCUAUACGUUGGAACAGAUGGGGAAAUGAAUAAAACCAUGGGAACUAAUGACCUUGUUAAGAGAAGAAAGAGAGAAUGAGAGCUUUGUGGUCUUCAAGUUCUCUGCGAACAAAGCAGGACAAGUCUGGGCACCUGAAGGAUCUACUGCUUUCAAGUGUCUGCUCUCAGCGAGGUUAUGUGCUGCUCUCCUGAGCAACAUCUCUGACUGUGAUGAAACAUUCAACUACUGGGAACCAACACAUUACCUCAUCUAUGGGAAGGGGUUUCAGACUUGGGAAUAUUCCCCAGUUUAUGCCAUUCGCUCCUAUGCUUACCUGUUACUUCAUGCCUGGCCAGCUGCAUUUCAUGCAAGAAUUCUACAAACUAAUAAGAUUCUUGUGUUUUACUUUUUACGAUGUCUUCUGGCUUUUGUGAGCUGCAUUUGUGAACUUUACUUUUACAAGGCUGUGUGCAAAAAGUUUGGGUUGCAUGUGAGUCGAAUGAUGCUAGCCUUCUUGGUUCUCAGCACUGGCAUGUUUUGCUCAUCGUCAGCAUUCCUUCCUAGUAGCUUCUGUAUGUAUACUACAUUGAUAGCCAUGACUGGCUGGUAUAUGGACAAGACUUCUAUUGCUGUGCUUGGAGUAGCAGCUGGGGCCAUCUUAGGCUGGCCAUUCAGUGUGGCUCUUGGUUUACCUAUUGCCUUUGAUUUGCUGGUCAUGAAACAUAGGUGGAAGAGUUUCUUUCAUUGGUCGCUGGUGGCCCUAAUACUCUUUCUGGUGCCUGUGGUGGUCAUUGACAGCUACUAUUAUGGGAAGUUGGUGAUUGCACCACUCAACAUUGUUCUGUAUAAUGUCUUUACGCCGCAUGGACCUGAUCUUUAUGGUACAGAACCCUGGUAUUUCUAUUUAAUUAAUGGAUUUCUGAAUUUUAAUGUAGUCUUUGCUUUGGCUCUUCUGGUCUUACCACUGACUUCUCUUAUGGAAUACCUACUACAGAGAUUUCAUGUACAGAAUUUAGGCCACCCGUAUUGGCUUACCUUGGCGCCCAUGUAUAUUUGGUUUAUAAUUUUCUUCAUCCAGCCUCAUAAAGAGGAGAGAUUUCUUUUCCCUGUAUAUCCACUUAUAUGUCUCUGUGGCGCUGUGGCCCUUUCUGCACUUCAGAAAUGUUACCACUUCGUGUUUCAGCGAUACCGCCUGGAGCAUUAUACUGUAACUUCAAAUUGGUUGGCGUUAGGAACACUAUUCCUGUUUGGACUCUUAUCCUUUUCUCGCUCUGUGGCCCUGUUCAGAGGAUAUCAUGGGCCCCUUGACUUGUAUCCAGAAUUUUACCGACUUGCUACAGACCCAACCAUCCACACUGUCCCAGAAGGCCGACCUGUUAAUGUCUGUGUAGGAAAAGAAUGGUAUCGAUUUCCUAGCAGCUUCCUUCUGCCCGAUAAUUGGCAACUUCAGUUCAUCCCAUCAGAGUUCAGGGGCCAGUUACCAAAACCUUUUGCGGAGGGACCACUGGCCACCCGGAUUGUUCCUACUGACAUGAAUGACCAGAACCUAGAGGAGCCAUCCAGAUACAUUGAUAUCAGUAAAUGCCAUUAUUUAGUGGAUUUGGACACCAUGAGAGAAACACCUCGGGAGCCGAAAUAUUCAUCCAAUAAAGAAGAAUGGAUCAGCUUGGCCUACAGACCAUUCCUUGACGCUUCUAGAUCUUCCAAGCUGCUGCGGGCAUUUUAUGUCCCCUUCUUGUCAGAUCAGUAUAUAGUGUAUGCAAACUAUACCAUCCUCAAGCCCCGGAAAGCAAAGCAAAUCAGGAAGAAGAGUGGAGUAGACCGGAGAAGAGCAGAACCAACUCACAAGAAGAACUGAAAGUCCCUGAACUGGAUGGCUGUGUUAGGCUGUUCUCCACACUCUGGCCUGGCAUCCGAGAACUAGCAAGCCUCUCUUGGGCCAUAUGGGCUUCUCACCAAAGCUGUGUGGCAGCUCUUAGCAGACCUUCUUGUUCAAAUCCUAGUACUGAAAAUGAGCACAGCCCAGUUGCCACCCGACAUGUCCUUUUCACCUCCAGCAAGACUAAGUUUCUCUGAAAGUACUUCACAGGACUAGGACCCUGUCCUGGAGAUAUCUCAGGAAAAAGGCAACUAUUUGAUGAAGUGUGACCUAAUUUCGUUAUAAAGGAUGCCUCUUAUUUUAUUCCCUUUACAACAAACUAAAUAUAUGUAUUCUAUUGCAUUCAAGACUUCCCUGUGUAAAGAUAUCAACAGACCAGACUAUAGUUAUAUAGGACAUAUUUGGAGAAAUUUAAUUCUACCAGUUGGUACAUUUGGAUAAUAUCACAUCUUUAAGUAAUGUAUUCUGAGGCCAUUUCUGAGGAAAUUGAGAAUUUCCCUUUUUAAAACAACCCUUGUGAAAAAGACCAAUGUAUAUUUACAGCACCUGUUUUUGAGUCUAUGUGUUACAAAGCACAUCCUGCAUGGGGCAAUUCUUGUCAAAUAGGCAAUUAUAAGGACCUCAUUGAAGCGUAAUAAGUAUAUGCUAUUACCUUUAUAUACGGUAUUUCAUAGUUUACAAAGCACUUGCGCAUUAUCUCAUUUGAUCCUCAGUCACAACAUGAGGUAGACAAAGCAAGUAGUUUUAUCCCCUUUUUACAGAAACUGAGACUGCAGGGGGAGGUAAAGUGACUUGCCCAAGGUCACACAGCAAGUAAGUAAUAACACUAGGCCUAGAACCUAGGUUGCCUAACUUCUCAUCUAUUGCUCUUCAUUUCUCACUUGACUAUGAAACCAUACUUGAAAGAAUGAUGAGAUUGGCCAGAGACCUGACUGAUAAUGUAACUUUCUAUUUUAAGGAAGAACUUUAUCUGUAUUUCUUUGAGUUCUUUGGACCCUCUAGUCUGUCUGUUGGUUGGGCCAUCACAGCAGGCUCUGUGGUUACAGCCUGGCUGGUGGCAGGGAAGCAGCGCUCACGUUUAGAAGUCAUGCUCCUUUGUAAGCCACACAGGAUCCAGUAUCAGUUCCACUUCUGUAGUCAAUCUGGGGUCACAUUACAGGUGCCUUAUUUCCCUAAGGGUAAUUGUGUCUAGUAUCUGCAAAUAGAUUGAAUCUAUUUUACAGUUUCCAUAUUUUUUCAAAGAGAAGGGCUUUUCAGUAGGAACUGAUCCCACGAGAGGAGAGAAGUGAUAAGGGAAGAAAUGGCUAGUCACCAUAUAAAAAGCCUCUCUUUUAGGAGCCCCUCUAAAGGAAUAUAUGGGAUGCGGUUGAAGCACUGGAGAGGAAUAGGUCUCGACAGUGUAGAAUGAUAACUGGAGAGUGAAGCAAAAUGGGUCCCACUACUGCACAUUUCUUCUGACUACGGGAGAGAGAAUUUUCAGUGAAAUAACUUGCCAUCCCUGCAUUAAUGGUGUGCGGUCCUUCCCAGUUGCUAAAGCCCUGUACUUUUUGCAGAGGUAAAUAGGAGAGUUCAGUAACGGAGAUCCAUGAUGAGUGGCUUUUUUCUAACCAAAGGGGUGCAGUGCUGAUUUAUUUUAUCAUCUUGCAUGUAAAAAAAAAAGUUUUCUGAGCAAGAACUUAACGGUAAUAUAGCACAAAAAAGGUCAUGACUGAAGCAGGGAUUCCGUGGGAAUAUCAGUUCGUAUCCCUUUUAAAACCUGAUUUUGGGUUUCUCUGUUCUAUAUAUAUCUUUAGUGACAGCACAAUAAAUUGCUCAACACUGUGCCAAAUACUAUAGGUAAGGGAUGGAAAAAUGAAUGGUUUUGUUAUGACGGUGUUUUUCAUGUGAUAUUAUAUAAACUCAUUUAAAAAUCACCAUCUCAGCAAUUCAGGGAGGUUAGCUUUCCCUGGGAAGUUUCAAAACAUCUGGUCAGAGUAACUAACAUUUCUCCUCCAGAGAAUCAAUGUUCAGCAUGAACUGACUGCCCAGGUACUUUCUUUCAUAGAUUGUUGAGUAUCAAGAGAUGAAGAACUACAGAUUGUUUAUAACAACCUUUGACUGUGGAGCUGAGGGAGGGAGUAGGUAUACUUGGCAAUACCAGGACUCUCUCAUCUCUAGAUCUUAAGCAGCCUUAUCUGAACCCCAGAUUAACGACACUGAGUCCCAUUACUAAACCAGACUGUGUAGUGGGCAUCUGUUAUCACAGUUUACCUGUCACCUACAAGUUUUUCAUCUGAUAAGAAAGACUCAUCAUUUUAAUCUCUUGGGAUAAUCACAGAGAAUUGAGGCCCAUACUCUUUUAUUACUGAAUUCAAGUUUAGAAACAGAUUGUCUUAAAUCAAGGUGGUUCUUUAUGCCAACCAUUUAUUUGGGUCAUUUUUCCUAGCUUGGAGUUCUGGGAAAGAACCUUGAAAAUCCCACAUGAUUCUGCAGCAUUAGAUCUGGAAGUGACCAUUUGGGCAGAGCACCAAUGGCAGUCCUUUAUUGUGUUUUGAAUUUCAUGGGAUUUAUUGAAAUAAGACCUUGCUGUGAUUGUAUCGUCUUCUGGCCAGUGUCAGGCAGCUCUGCUUUUAAUUUGGUUAAUUUUAUUUUCUCUGAAGAGGCAAAAGAGGCACAGUUUAAUCUUUGUCUCCACAGGCAUAUUAAAGCUCAUGUGUUAAUUCAUUCUUACGCUCCUACAUUAAAUUAAAUGCCUUGGGUAAAUGGAUAAAC